GACACAAUGGAAGUUCAGGUUUCAAAAUGAUGAAAGGGAAGGAAGCCCUUGGAGAAAGACUCGGUGCAGAGCCAGUCCCAAAUGGCUGGAGCCCGACAAAUGCUACUUGCUCCCAAGUGUGAAGCUGAGUGCGCGUGGGGUGACAAUGCCCCCCGCGGCCGCAGAGGCGGCAGGAGACGCUUUCCUCUCUGUCUCGAGCGGUUUUCGCACAACGGGGCAGGGACCGCUGCGUGGUCACAGAGCUGAAAGCGUUUCCUGCUCGGCCCUUCCCAGAAAGUUCGCCUGUCUCUGCUCCAGGGCGGCGGGGGCACAUUUACCUUCCAUCCGGGACGAGAAAACCACAAGGAGGAGACGCCCAGGGCCACGCCUAGGAGCGGCGUGGGUCACUGUGCUCACCUGUGACCACAGCGGGCCCAGCCCCGGUCUUCACGCAGGUGUUCCGGGCCCUGGGCACCGCAUCCCUGGCCACUGCCGCUCCAGAGCGAGACGGAAGACGGCUGAAUUAAUCCUGCGGGACGGCUGCCAGUCUCGCCUGCUUGAGGCGCUUGUUCUGUCCCUCCGCCUCGGCCGGAUCAGGUCAAGCAGCACGCACACACUCACACGAAUGGCUGCUCCCUCGUGUAGGCCGCGUGCUGGCCCAGGGAAGAAACUUAGGUUUGCUACAAGCAGGACAAUGCAUUCCUACUACUGCUGUCGAGAGGCCAGGGGAGUACAAUCCGGUAGGAGGACAGGAGUGAGUGUGGAGCCUGCCCGAAGGCACACUGGGUUUUCCCUGGACUACGCAGUGACUUAAGUAAGCCAGCCCCACACGAAGUGUUGACCACGCACAAAAUAUACCUGGAAUCCUCAGCAAGCCUUCGUUUGAAAGAGGUGGGGGGAAAGGCCUGUGUAUAAAAAGAGCUAAUGACUAGUCACAAUUUCCAAAAGGGACUUCACACUGCAUUUACUCAACUGCUAUCUGGGAUUAGAAGCUACACAGCCAUCCAAGUGGAUCCUUCUGUUAGGAUAACUCCCUGCAGCACGUUUUCCACUUUAAGCGUCUGUGCAGUGUGCUCUCCUCACCCUGUUCCUAGAGGUGACUCCCAUGCUCUGGGCACUCUUCGCAGCACCUGGGGUGCACAGCGCACCUGAGAGAGUAGUGAGGAGGUAGAGGGCCUCGCCCUUCUGCUCCCCAACCACAGGCACCUGGCGGAUCCGUGGGAGCGCUUGUCCUCAUCGUGCGCCUGCCUUCCUGCCCUCAAGGCCGCUCGACGGGCGAGACCCGGAGGAAAGCGGAAUCCCAUCGGUGGUGAGCGAGAGAACCCGGCUCAUGCAGGCUGAGCUGGAGCGGGAGACCACGGAUGCACUGAAGAAGGAACCCGGCGGGAGGAGCAAAGGACACGUGAAGGUCACCGGCAGCAGGAGUAUCACCAGCACAGGAGAGUGGGAGGCUGGCUAGGAAAGAAGAUGGAAGCCGACCUAGAACACCAGGGCAGCUGAUGCCUAUUUAGUAGGCAAAUGACUGAAAGUUUCUGCGAAGGCGGGGGACUCGAUAGGGAACGCUAUGGGGGUAUUUUUCCCACAGCCGCAGGCACACGUGAAUGCCCUGGAGGUCGGAGACCAGCUAUAGGCUAUGAGAGUCAGAAAAGGAGAGUUACAGAUAGGGAACAAAUUCAGGGGAGUAUUUUCCCUACGCCAAAUCCGAUCCAAACAACUAGCUCACAGAGGCCAUAGCCAAGAAAAGAUGAAGCAGAAAAUACAGCGCUUCAAAUGACAGCCAGAAAAAAAUGACAUUCAAAAUCGGUAUGGCAGGGCCAGGGAUGUAGCUCAGUGGCACCGUGCCUGCCU